GUUGGUUCUGAUUCUGAGUUAGUGGUGUUGUGUUGCUCUUAAGCUUUAGAGAUGGCGCUGCGUCAGUGGAGCGAUUUCUUUAAACAGCACCCGUACAGCAGCAGCGUGCUCUUCAGCCUCGUUCUUGUGGUUUUGGAAAAAGUUGUUGAGGUUGAUUUCGUGUGCCCCUGUGAAAGCGGAUACACAGAGGCCUUCUUCUGUUGUUACUUACUGGUGCCCAUGUUCAUUGCUUUUGUCUUUGGACUUUACCUUCUGAGCUUUAAAUGUUCAUCAUGUGGAGAAUGUUGUUCAGCUUUCCUGAAACUUCUGGCCUGUGCGGUUCCGUCUGUUGUUUGGCUGGCCAUGUUCCUCUGUGAUGGUAGAUACAUAGCCUGUUUAUAUACUGAGUUAAAGAAAGAUUACAUUGACAGCGCUAAUCCGUCUCCAUGGAAAUGGUGUGAAAAAAAUCAAACACUCACUGCUGGCGAGCGCAAAGCACUUAAAUCAUUCUACGUCUCUAAGUUGCUAGGUUUCAUUGUCCUUAUCCUCAUCUCAUCUGUAGCACUGAUUUAUAAAUUCUGCAAGAAGGGCUGUAAGUACCUGGACUUCACUGAUCAAGAGCCCCGCAGCUCAGCCCACUGUCGAGCCUGCUGCGAACACCACAAACCAAACUGCUCCUCAGAGCACAGAGAUAUGAACUGCUCAUCCCACCUCCCCGAAGAAGACGUUUCCUCCCAAGGUCAAGCAAACACUCAGGCCCAACAAGAAGGCGUGCCUCUAAGGCAAAUGGAUAGCACUGCUGCCAGCCCUUGUGCCAAAACAGACAACUGUCCUUGUCUCUGUCACCAAACCUGCCGCUGUGACGGUCACCAGCCAUAGCCCUCGAUUAUUCCCUCCUCACAAAUGCAGAUCCACACCCAGUCACUGAUUCAGUGUUUCUUAAUCCAACUCUUGAGGACCCACCUACACUUGACUCAGCUCACCAACUGGUCUUUGAGGGCUUCUCUGUGAGCUUUCAGACUCCACACUCAGGGGUUGUUUCUCAAUAUAUUAAGAGCUUGUUCCGAUUUUGCAGUGACAGGUAUUGUGUUUGAAUGCUAGUGCAACAAUUUUGGACAGGCCUGUGAAAAAAUGUGUAUGACGCUCUGGUAGACAGAAUUCCCAAACAUGCUGCAGUAUCAUUAUAUCUGGCUGUAGAUGUAGACAUAACUGUUAAAGUUAAAUACAUACAGCUGAGAUGUAGAAAGUGGAGGAAAACAACACAGCAAAUAUAAAACCUAAACCUAAUCACCCUGAAGAACUCCGCCACAGCCGGCAGACCCCAAAAAACAACGUGACUGACAUAAAACAAGCUGAGAUAAAACAACACAGCAGCCUAAAACAUCUAAACCUAAUAAUCAAAGCCAAAAACCACUGGGUAACCACCCUACACUAUAACAAUAAGAGUCCUUGGGCAAGCCUCCUAACUUCACCUUCCUGUGUAAAAUGAUCAAAGUGUAAGUCGCUCUGGAUAAGAGCGUCAGCCAAAUGCCGUAAAUGUAAACGUGUUUGCUUUGACAUUUUCUGAAAGCCCAUUUCAGCCUUUAUAGUAAAACCAGCAACGCUA